AUGACGUCAGUGACUAGAUCAGAGAUUAUGGAAGAGCUCAGCAGGUCCAUCAGCCUCAAUUUAGCAGAAAGCAAACGGCUUGGCUCUCUUCUGCUUUCCAGUUUCCAGUUCUCUGUUCAGAAACUUGAACCUUUCCUGAGGGAUUCUAAAGGCUUCAGUGUUGAAAGUUUUAGAGCCAAAGUAUCUUCUCUUUCUGAAGAAUUGAAGCAUUUUGCAGAUAGACUAGAAAGUGAUGGAACUCUACAAAAAUGUUUUGAAGAUUCAAACAGAGGCUCUACUGAAACAAGAAUGGAAUCUGUGACAUACAAUGGGUCUUCCCAGAGUGAAAUUCUUAAUACAAAGCCUGACUACCAGAAAAUAUUACAGAACCAGAACAGAGUUUUUGAUUAUAUGGAGUUAGUGAUGGAUGAGUUGCAAGGAUCAGUGAAGCAGCUGCAGGCCUUUAUGGAUGAAAGUACCCAGUGCUUCCAGAAGGUGUCAGCACAGCUUGGGAAGAGAAGCGUGCAACAAUUAGAUCCCUCACCAGCUCGGAAACUACUCAAGCUUCACUUUCAGAACCUGCCUACUACACAUGGAUCUGGAUCUGGUCAGUGACCUUACACAGCUUUUUUGCCACAAGGUGCUCAGGAGGAGAAGAACGGGAAGAGUGUCCUACCACAUGGUGACAGCACGGAGAUUUCUGCCCUGUUAC